UCACCUGUCUUCACCUCCCUCCCCUUCCUCGCCUCUCAGCGUCCUCCAUCCUCAUCCUCCACUCCCGCCCCCACCCUACCAGGCUCUUCCCCUCGUUCACACCGGUAGUUGUCAUGGCGAUGGAGUCAGCCCCGGCGUCGGCUCCGGGGGUUGUUGCCAUGGAGAUCCCCGUGCGAGGUGCGCUCCCGGUGGUGGAGGAAGACGAGGACUUCAGCGCGCCGCUGCCGGGGUGCGAGGGGCGAUUAGGGCACCGCAGAGGCGCGGGGAGACGCCGGCGAGGGGUACCGUUCAACCGGGGCAGCUACUACAUGCUGCUAGUGAUUGGGGAGAUCGGCACCGAGCACCAGCUGGACACCGCCAGAGCGCAGAUAGAGCGGGGAAUUCGAUCCUGGGACGUCGACCUCAAGUGCUGCGACCUUGAUCAGCAGCUGCAGCUGUUUAUAACUCGCCACUCUGCCCACUUCUCCUCCGAGGUCAGAGGACAAAGGACUCUCCACCACAGGAGUGAUGUCUUAGAGACCGUAGUGCUCGUCAACCCUUCAGAAGGCACUGUUUUAUCAGAGAUCCAGUCUUUAGUCACAGACUCAGCAGGACACAAGCUUCUGGUCUUGAGUGGGCAGAGCUCAGAUCACGGUGCCCUCCUCCUUCAAACUGGUGUUUUCACCUCCCAGACCUUUUCACGUGUCUUUACUGAUCCUGAGGUCAGUGAAUUGCUGGGCACAUCAGCCCCCAAGCAGCAGGCUACACUUACUGUGUCCUGCCGCGGGGAGGUGGGCUGGAGCUCCCUGGGACAGCAGCAGACCCUGCGGGAGUUCUUUGAAUACAAACUAAACCCUGAACCUGUUCUGCCCAAGAUGGAGGGUGUCACAGAGUUCACAGAGUACGUCUCUGAAACCGUCGAUGUCCCUUCACCUUUUGACCUCCUGGAGCCUCCCACUUCUGGAGGCUUCCUGAAACUUUCUAAGCCAUGCUGCUACAUCUUUCCGGGCGGAAGAGGAGACUCUGCUCUCUUUGCUGUGAAUGGCUUCAACAUCUUAGUGGAUGGAGGCUCCGAUCGAAAGUCCUGCUUCUGGAAGCUGGUCCGCCACUUAGACCGCAUCGACUCAAUACUCCUCACACACAUCGGCGCUGACAAUCUCCCGGGCAUCAAUGGGCUUCUUCAAAGGAAGAUAGCAGAACAGGAAGAGGAGCAGUCACAAGGCUCCACCAACUAUAGUGACUGGAUGAAGAACCUGAUUUCUCCUGAACUAGGUGUUGUGUUCUUCAACGUGCCAGAGAAGCUUCGCAUGCCAGAAUCUAAUCUUAAAGUGAAACGUAGCAUCGAAGAGGCCUCGCUUACUUUGCAGUACCUUAACAAACUCGGUGUCAAGCCGGAGCCUCUCUUUCGAGUUGUCAGCAACACCAUUGAGCCCAUUACACUUUUCCACAAGAUGGGAGUGGGCCGGUUAGACAUGUACAUUCUCAACCCUGUCAAAGACAGUAAAGAGAUGCAAUUUUUAAUGCAGAAGUGGGCUGGCAACAGCAAGGCCAAAACUGGCAUUGUGCUGCCCAACGGGAAAGAAGGAGAAAUAUCUGUGCCCUACCUGACAUCAGUCACAGCCUUAGUUGUAUGGCUUCCUGCCAGCCCUACAGAAAAGAUUGUUAGGGUGCUGUUCCCCGGGAAUGCGCCGCAAAACAAGAUCCUAGAGGGCCUCGAAAAAUUAAAGCACCUUGACUUCUUGCGCUAUCCUGUUGCCACACAAAAGGACAUUGCCUCAGGAGCUCCUCCCUCUGUUAUAAAACAAACCAAGUUAAAACAAAGAACGGAUAGCAAAGAGAGUCUCAAAUCCUCUCCGAAGACCACUGCAAAGGCCCCAAAGAAAGAAGUCGAGGGGCAGGAUGAUGUGUCAGCCACCACAGAGGCAAAGAGUGACUCUGUGAAAGAAAACAUAUCAGAGAAAAAAGAGGAGAAAAAGCCCACUAAGACUAUAAAAUCUAAAACUGAAGUGCCAGAGAAGAAAAAAAUCAUGAAAGAAAAAUCACUGAAAAAACAUUCCAAGGAAAGAGUGUCAAAGAUGGAUGAGAAAAAGGACAAGGAAAAAAAGGAGAUCAAGAAAGUGAAGAAGGAUGACUCUGCCAAAAAAGAUGACAAGAAGGAUGCAAAGUUCAAGGAUGACAAGAAGAAGGACUCAUCCAAACCUGAGCUAAGAAAAAUUACUAAGCCUGACCUGAAACCACUUACACCAGAGGUAAGGAAGACAUUACAUAAAGCUAAAGUGUCAAGUAAAGCCAAAACUGGCAAAAGCAAAACGGUGAAGGUUGAACCCGCUGAACCCAAAGCAGAGGAGUCCAAACCUGAAGUUAUACAACCUGAACCGGUAGAAAAUGGAGCUGUUGAGGGAACAUCUGUUCCCUCCACACCUGAAGACCUCACCAAGGAGUUUGAAGAACUUAAAAAGACUCAAGUUAAAACGGUUUCAGCAGAGCUGGUGGACAGCAAUAAGGUCUCUUCUGAGCCGCAAGCAGGAACAGAAGAGAAAAGAAAACACGAAGAAGUGUCUGAAAUCCCACCUGGAACAAAGUCCCCUGAAAAGGAAGCACCAGCCGCAGAACUCAAAGCUGAAGCUAAAGACGAAGACAAGGAAGUGACUCAGGAGCCAGAACUAGAAGACGCUCAAAGGUUUGAAGAUGAGGGAGCACAAACUCAGGAUGAGGAUGAGGAAGAAGAGGAAGAGCCCCCAGCUGCUGUAAAGAAAAUACAGGAGGAGGUGGAAGAAGACAUGGGAAUAGGUGAGGAGGAAGAUGAGUCAAAAUGGAAGGAGGCAAAAGAUGAAGCAUUUGAUAGAAAACACGAGAUAGAGGAAAUGGAGAAGUCAGAAACUCUCUUAGCCAAGGUUGUGACUAAAGAGGAGCAACAGAUGAUUCCAUCAAGGGAUGAGGAAGAAGAGGAGGCAGUGGAGAAGGCUGAACUGGAGGAGGUGGAAGAUUUAGAUGUAAUAGCUGAUGAAGAGAUCAAACCUGAACAUAUGGAUGAAAGCAAAACCACAGAAAUUCUGACUGAGGUCAAAGUGGAAGAAGAAGAAGAAGAAGAAGAAGAGGAGGAAGGCUACCUAUCACAUGUUGGAGGGGCUACUGCUCCUAUAACCUCAGUAGCUCAAGGUGCUGCUGCAGCUGAACCCAUGUCCUACAUCCAAGAUGAAACUAUUCCUGGUUACUCUGAAACAGAACAGACUAUCUCUGAUGAGGAGAUUCACGAGGAGGCAGAGGAGAGAAUACCACAUCUUCAGUAUGACGUCGGUGCCUACGACAUCUCUGUUCCAGAUCAGACGGGUUCAUUUGUAAACAUCCACGGCAUGAGGGAGAUACAAGCUGCAGCCAUGACAGAGAAAGGUUUUAUUCCAGGUGUGCAAGAGCAAGUAUCGGUGUUCACCAACAUCAUCACUGCUCCUCUGGCAGAAGAAGAGCAUGUAUCUUCUGCAACAUCCAUAACAGAGUACGACAAAAUAUCCUCCUUUCCUACAUCUAUCGCUGAAGAUCAGUCGGUGGCAUCCGUUGCAGCACCUCAAUCUGAAGAGCCGCCUAAAACUCCAGGUCCCCUGUCCACUCCGCCUGACUCUACUCAAGGCAAAGAGCAGCCACUUUCUGCAGAAACUCUUUCACCACCUUCUUUGGAAGAAGACAAACAGUCCAAGUCUCCAUCUGAUGAUCUACAACUUCCUGUUGCAGAAGUGCAAAUGGCAGCUAAGGUUGUAGAUACUCAGGAAGAGGAGGAGGAGGAGGAGGAGGAGGAGGAGGAAGAAGACCAAACUCCUAAUGUUGAAAUUUCACUUGAAAAACUCCAAGAGGGCUACGCUUCAACCCAAUUGUUGCAGGGUAAAGAGAAAGACAUUGAAAAAGUUGCUAGCUCGGGGUCACCUGAAAAGUCUCUACAAGACCUCAAACCUGACCAUCUACCAGUUGAAGAGGAAAAUAUUGACGCAGUUACACCUAAAGACAUUUCAUCUGUUGUGCCUACUAGACCUUUCGGAUCCGACUCAGUGACUUCAGAGAGCGAAGAGCGUUGCUUCAGUCCAGAUGAUGUCACUGUGAAAAUGGCCUCUCCUCCGCAGUCUGGACCCUCAAGCGCAGCUCACUCUCCACUUCGUCAGUCACCAGUGGAAGACAAGAUGAAGCUCCCUGAUUUGGAGCUGCAAAAGCAAGAGGAAUUUGGCGAUAUAGUGACCACAACUGAGGACAAAAAAGGUGCAAAAGAUGAUGCAAAAACUGAGACAGAGGUUGAUCAACAGAAAGCAGAUCAGCAUGAAGUAGAAUCUGCAAAAUCUUUGGACAAAUUAUCUGAAAAAGACAUGAAAGAGGCUCCAGUGAUCAAAGACCAAGAAAAAGACGCUUCAUUCGCGCCAAAAGAUGAAGGAAAACAGGCAGAAACUUUACCUGUUGUUGCACAACCUGUAACAGAUGUACAACUACCAGUUUUAGGGAGCAAUUCACUGGAAUCUGACGACAGGCUCACAGAGAAAGAACCUAAAGUGCCUGAAACAGGUAAAUUUCCAGACAGGGAGAGUCGUUUCCUGGACGAUGAUGAUGAUGAUAACAAGAAAGAUGAUGACGAUCAUGAUGAUAAACCUGCAGUUAAAACCAUCAAGGCAGAAUGGGAAAUGGAAAAUGACGAUACUUUACAUGCUGAACAAAUCAAGGAAGAACAGAAGCAGGAAUCUGUCAUUCAGGAAGACAUUUCAGCCAUUAAAUCUGUCACAGAUGAGAACACACAGAAAGAGGCAGUGAUAGAUGAUACUUCUGAUGCUAGACCUGUCAAAGAGGAAGUGGCUAAGGACACAUUGACUGUUGAUAUUAAAGAUGAAUACAAGGAGCCAGAAAAAGACUACACCCCAGUGGCCCAAGAAGUAGAGGUAGAAACUGAUGCUCCUGAGGACAAAAAACUUACAGAUGAACAGAAACAGAAAGACGAAACACAAAAAGAUGAUUUUGACCUCAAAACCACAGGUGAGGUUAAGGAGACACAGGUUAAAAAGGAGGAUGUGUCUGAUAGCAAGAUUUUGAUGGAGGAGAAGGAAGAGACAGAAAAGAGUGACACCCUUCAUAGUAGCACUUUUAAGAUUCAAGAAAAAGAAGUCAAAGAAAUCCACCUUUCAGAUAUCAAGCCUGAGAAGGAAGACAUGGGGAAAGAGGGAAAGGAAGAAGAUCUCCCUUUCAAGGAGAAGAAAAAGGAGACUGAAACAUUAGAUACUAGUCAAGUCUUCAAAGAUAAUAAAGAGGAAAAAGAGAUGGAUAAGAUAGAUUCUUCUGCUGCCACACCCUUUACUGUUGAGCAGAAAGAGGAGAAAAAAGAGAUUUUUGACAUUACUGUUCCUAAAGUCAGCAAAGAAGAAGAAGACAGUAUUAGCAAAAAAGAUGAAUCAGCCAUUACUAUAAAAGAAGAAAAGGGGCAAGAGAUUAGUAUGGAUAUUACACCAAGCCUUACCAAGUCAGAAGAAAAGGAUGCAACAGUGUGUAAAGAUGACUCUGUGGCUAAACCAGCCACAGAAAAGCUAGAGAAGGACAAAAAAGAGAGUGAUGACACCACAGCUCCCAGGGAACUGGCUAAAGAUAUAACAACAAACAUGGACGACGCUUACAUCUUCACACCCACUGUAGAAGAGGAGAAGAAGGAGGGCAUAUGUAAAGAUGAGACUCCUCCUGCUAUUAAACCUACCUUGGCAGAAGAAAAAGAUAAACUUACAAGUAUAGAUGAAAUUUCUGGUGUUAAACCAGCAGGUGAAGAAGAAAAGCAACAAGAGGAAAGUAAAGAUGCUGCCACCAUUAAACUUACCGAGAUGGAAAAAGAUCACCUGACCGUAUCUAAAGUCGAUAGUUUCUCAGCUACACCAACUGAAGCAGACACAGAGAAAACACUUCAGACCGUCGAACCAGUUGUAGAAGAAGAAAAGGAACAAGUAUUGAGUAAAGACGUAACUCCUUCUGCCAUACCCGCCAAGAUGGAGGAAGAGGAUGCAAUGAUGAGCAAAGAGAUUCCUCCUGUCAAAACAAGCACAGAAAUUGUUGUAGCUGGUGCUACACCAGCAGCGCAGGACGAAAAAGACAGAGAAAAUGGUAAAGAUAUUUGUGCUGUGGAAUCAGCCACAGAAGAAGGAAAAAGGAAGACGACACGUGAGGACGAAAUGCUGACUGUCAAACUGUCCAAGGAAGAAGAGACAAUCCAGGAUCAUAGUGUUGCUAUCGAACCCACCAAGAAAGAAGAAAAAGAUACAGACGCUAUUAAAGAUGUAAUUUCUGAUGCAAAACCCUCCAUAGUGGAGGAAACCAAAGACACAGCUGGUGUCAAGUCCCUCACAGACGAGGUAAAGGAGGCUGAACUUAGAGAUGCUCCAUCAGAUGUAAAACUCAUCCAGGAAGAGGCAAAAGAAAUACCAAAGGAGGAAACUUGUGAUAAAGAUAUUAAAAAAGAGGAUGAACAGGUUAUUUCUGAAGGGGCACCCAUAAAGGAGAUGAAGGAAAAAGACACUGAUGAUACCAACUUUCAACCCACUGGGGAUGACAAAGUUGUGGAAAAAAGUGACAUUUCUGAGAAACAAAAAAUAAAGCAGGAGAAGAGUGAUACUGAUGACCACAAAGCUAUUUUGGAAGAUUUGAAGGAUAAAGAAACUGUUAUGGGUGAUGCAACAAAAGAGAAAGAAGCCGACACCACUGACGAGCAACCCACAGAUGCAAAAAAAGCAGAACCAUCUAAAGUUAAAACCAUUAAGGAUGAAACAAUAGAUACGGUCAAACAUCACAUUUGUGAUGCAGAAUCUAUCAAACAGGAACCGGAGAAGGAGGUGUACACUCCAACAGUUUCUAAAGAAGAGAAGGAAAUAAAAGAUGAUUCCCCUCUUGAGCCAGAAUCUAGGAAAGAUGAUGGAAAACUAGUAGGUCUUUCACAGACCCAGACCUUGGAAGAGGAGAAGACUAAGAAAGAUUAUGUUUUUGAUAUUAGUGAUAAACAUGGAGUGACCUCUGAUAAGCUUCCUGAAGCAGAUAAGAAGGAUAUUUUUGGAGCUGCAUCAGUCGAAAAGCAGCCAGACUCUUUGGCAGCAACGUCAGUAAAAGAUGACGUUUGUAAAUCUCCUGACCAAAUUUUAAAGGAUACAAAAGAAAAAGAUAUAGAAUCAGGGGUCAUUAUUGGUGUUGAAGACAAGAUGGGAAAAGAAAAAGAUGAUACACAUGUUGCGGAACUGAGCAAAGAACAGAAAAUGGAAAAAGAGCAAGAAAAAGAAUACACAUACGAAUCUGAAGGCAUCACAGAAGAAAAGAAAGAGACAGCAGAGGACGAAACAAUGAUUAAAGAAAAGGAUUCUGCCAGCGUAAAGACCGAUGAGCUCUCAGAGAAGGAAAAACAAGAUGUCUCUGAUGCAGACCACACCAAAGAGGAGAAAUGGGAGAAAGAGGAAUUACAGGAGAAGGACAUGGACAAAACCAUUAAGCAACCUGCUCUGGUGCUCUCUGGAGAGGAAGUAUCGGCAUCCAAGUUAGAGUACAAACCUGCAUUUGUGGUUCAGUCAUCUGAUGAAGACAGAGAAGAUGAAGAGGAUGAAGACAUUUGUAUGGGAGGAGCAGGUUCCAGACCUUUGUCAGUGGAGCCUAGAAAAUCUGACCAUGACAUCUCUUCUGCAGGUUUGCCUUUAACCCAAACGGUACAGAUGGGUGAUCAAACAAAAUCACCUACAUCUCAACAGCCCACAGUGAUUAUACCUACACUUACAAUGCAGGAACCCUCUAUGGAUGAGGACUUCAAAGAGUUUGGGAAAGAGGAGUCCAUGCUUUUCCUUGAAGCAGACAAAAAUAUUGCAAAAAUAGAAGCUACACCUGCACCACUCGCCAAGCCCGAGCCAUCCUUUGAUAUUCCCACAUCAAAGGAGACAACCUCUGCCAAAACAGAACCAGUGUCAGACUCAUCUGAGAAAAAGCCAGCACUGUCAGCAAUAUCAAGCACAGACAGCCAACCUAUGAGCUACACACUUUCAAGUACUGAAAGCCAAUCUAGCGUGGAGGAAAUGCCACAUCAAGAGAAACAGAUGCCAGCUGAGGUGAGCUCAGGAAUCCAGAGUGCUCCAGAGAAGACAAAACUGGAUGAGAAACCAGUAAAAGAAACAGAGAGAGAGAUGGAAGGAGAACGAGAGGUGGCGUCUCCGGGAUUAUCACAACCUUGUUCGUAUUUUAUGCUGGACAAAGAUUCUGAACAUGUCAGACGCACGGCUGGCCCAGCAAAAGUGGAAAGUGAAAAACUGAGCACAGAGGAGACUGUUAGUGGAAGGCUUGAAGACGAGAAGCACAGCUUUGGCGCCUCUAAGUACGAUCCAUAUGAAAAACCUAUUCCAGGAGAUCACGAUUUGGACUCACGAGAAGUUUCUCUUGGUUUUGAUCAUGCUUCUGACAUCUGUAUUGAUGAUAACAGAAGAUCAAGCCAGGCGGAAGCUGGAGGAGCCAUGUUCCUCCUGGAUGAGCAGUACAAAGAAGAACCUCUCUCAUUCAGCAGAGUCGACUACAGCCCAGUUUCCCUCACAGAGAGCGAGCGAAGCAGCCACCACAGUCGAAGUGCCUCCCCAAGAUAUGAAGACCGUGAGAAAGGCCAAGAGGAAGAGAGUGAGAGAGAAGAAAGGGCAGACACACCAUAUGUUGACAAAAGCUUUUCAGCUUUAGAGGUGCAAGACAACAAAAUGUCUCAAGCUGCUGAGGCCUAUUCUUUCACUCCAAAAGAAGACAAACCAGAGAGGUCAGAAAAAGAGAAAGAUGACAUAAAGGAAGGUGCUGCAGCAGCCUUUCAAACACAGGCACCAGUAGAAAGUGAUUUAGAGUCCAGCAGUGCUGCUCUUCAAUCAGCAGGCGUAAGACAAGAAAUACCCUCUCCCUCAUGGAGCCAGACAGAUCUUGGUGAACAAGCAUCAGGUACUGCUUCACCUUUUGGAGAAUUCAGAGAAAAGGAAGCAACAGAAAAAGACAAAGAAAAAUCUGAGGAGUCACUCAAAGACAAAACUGACUCCUGCGACCAUAGAGAGGGAUCUCCAUCUGGUCGGUACUCGCCUGCAGAAAAAGACAUUUUACCUCAGCAGCCAUCGGUGUUAGAGAGAGAGGAUGCAUCGAGUGAUUCAAGGAGUCCCUCUUCGGCCACAUUUAUAGGACAUGAAAUUGAUGAUAAUGUUUUGGCAUCUGAUUAUAGCGAAGUUAGCAGUUCUGCUACAUCUAAAUCCUUAAGUUGUGCUGAAGGAAAAGAGAGCCUGAUAGACAAAAGAUUACUUGUUGAGGGAGAGGAUUUUAACGUUGAUGAUGACGAAGAUGAAGAUGAGGAGGAGGAGGAGGACGAAGAAGAGGAAGAGUCAAGUGAUAUAGAUAUGGAAAAAGGUGCGAGAGAACAGUCUGAGAAGGAAAUGUGCAGACGUAGCUCUGGUGACAGUGCUGGGUUAGCAGAGGUAGAGGACUCAAAUAAAAAGUCACAGGUCCCUGACUCAACUAAAGAGGAGACUGUAUGUAAGAUGACACCUGAUGAUGCCUCAGCUUUUAAAGCCGUGGAUAAAGAAGUCCAGGAUGUAAGUAAAAAAGCACCUGAACCAAAACCAAUUAAAGAGGAGGCCACUGCUAGAGAUACAAGCACAUCCAAACCUCCUGAAGCAGCAAGUAAAGACGAAGGCAGAACAACUUCAUCAACAGACACGUGUGCGCAGAAAAUGGAUGAAAGCUCUGUUGCUCCAACAGUUACACCCAAACAUACUGAAGAAAUAAAAUUAGAGGAUACUGACAAAAAGCAUUUGUCCCCUGAGCCAUCCACAAAGAGGAGGUUGUCGUCAGCAGAGGGUGUUUCUUCAUCUGAUGUACUAGAAUCAAAAAAAGGAGUUGGAGAUAAAGAGUCUCCAUCACCAGAGUCAAGUCUUUCAUCAAAGGAAACCUGUCACCCAACAUCCACGAGUAGCUUAACUGGCAGCUCUUUGGCAACAGACCAAACUGAUUCUAUGUCAAAGCCUACGUCCAGCCCAUCCUCACCGCUAACAGGUAGCUAUGCUGAUAUUGGACAUAGUAGGUAUGAGAGUUACUACAGUGAAGAGAAUGGAGUAGCAUUGAAGGAUGACAGGAAAGACACCCUUGUGCUCUCAGAUGCCUCCCAGCAAAGUGAGGAUAAGUAUUUAAGCCAAAGAGAUGUCCAAGAAGGAAGUCAAGAUGUGAGGCGUACUUCUGGUAUCACAGAAAAACACGAGGACUCUACCUCAUCACCUUGCCCAUACACAAGCUUAACAUACUCCGCUUCGACGUACUCCUCAACAUCGUACAGUUAUUCAUAUUCAGGGUCUACCCAUCUGAGCCAAAAGCUGGGAGGCAAAGAUGAACCUUAUAAAUUAUCAACCUCUGAAGUAUCUUUGGCCAAAGAGGAACCAUCAACUGCGGCAGCGUCAACAAGUUCCUGCUUUGGAGGGUUUCAAAGAGACGAGUACAUGGAGGUAAUGACAAAACCUGAAACAAAAGAGUCCUUGCCCAGUCAGUUUGCAGAGAGCAAACCAUCAUCUCCAGGCUUGUCUACUACUGCCAAGCAACCAGAAGAUCAAAGUAGUUCUGUAAAGCCAGACGCAAAAUCUUCUACUGACAGCUUUCAUAUGCUUGAACCUGUGUUAAAAGCAUCCACAACAGCACCAUUUUUACAAACUACAGGAGACGUUAAGGAGAGUUCAUCCACAUCAGAAGCACGCUUUGAUGUCUCUCCCCUCCAAAGGGCUGACUCUUCUGACAAACAGUCCCAAGAGAAGGAACCUGAUACCCUUGAAAUGGAGGAUGGUACCCUACCGUGUCGUAUCGAAUGUCAAAAAAUCCAAGUAGCUGAGCAAAAACAGACUUUCUCAUUAAUAACUGAAUCGUGUGUCGCACAUAGUACAACAUCCUCUGAAGAAACAAAGACAGUCGCCAUUACCUCUGCAACCGCUGUGUCUAAACCUGAUGCAACGGUGGAAACAGCUCAACAGGCAGCAUCGGUCACUCCGGUGUGUGACACUGACACUACCAAAACCUCAUGUGCCGUAACAGACCUGCCCAAAUCAGAAGAGGUGAAAGAGAAACAAUCGCAGGUAAAAGAAGAAAAGAGUGCUGGGGAUACUGCACCACUAAAGGAUGAUGCCAAGGUGUCAGAAAAAGAAUCAAGUGAAAAAGAUGAAAAGGCAGACAAAAUGAAAGACACUGAAUUCAAACAGGUAAUAGAAGAAAAGAAACCAGAGGAAAAGAGCAUUAAAGACAUCACAGAGGAGAAAAAAGUAACUUGUGAUCCCAAACUGAGUGAAAAGGUAGAAGAUGGGAAACAAAGGGAGGCCGAAAUAGCGGAGGAGAAAAGCUUAUUGGAGAUGCCGUCUGAGAGAUUAGAGGUAAGGAGAAAGAGCAGUAUAUCUGAUUGGGAGCUUCUACAAAGGCCGGACGACUUUCCAAGUGCCCCCCCUCAAGGUUAUGGUGAUGAUGAUGAGGAAGGAAUGGAGUGGAUGGCAAGUGCCCACAGUACCUCAAAAGACACGUACCACACAGAAACAUCCAGCAAAGGAGAUGUAAAGACUGAUCGCCCUGCGGAUUUGAACACUGGAGCAACUUCCUCCUCUGAAUCCCCGCCAGGAUUCUCCUCCUGUGAAUACAAACAUCGCAAAGGCGAACUUUCUCCAUCCUUCAUCAACCCCAGCCCUCACCAGCUCUCCAGUGAUGAGGGUGAAGUUGAUUGUGGAAGUGGCCACUCCCAGGAAGGGGGUGAGGAUGAUCAAGAGCAGCACUCUGUGAAAAGGAGGUCACACAAGCAGAGGCGCCACCAUGCUCAGAGUCACCAUGGAGAUGCCGGACAGGGACAAGGCCAGCUGCCUGGUGCAAUGUCAUCUGGUUUGGCUGUGACUUUAGCUGGUGAGGAGACACCACCGACAUCAGUGAGCGAGUCAUUGCCGUCACAGUCCGACUCUGAUGUCCCUCCAGAAACUGAGGAGUGUCCAUCAAUAACGGCAGAGGGAAAUCUGGACUCAGACGAAGAUGCUGAGCAUCUGCCGGUGGACAAAUUAUCUGGAGCUGGUGGUGGCCACCAUCCUUCAUCACCACGGUCAUCUCAGAAGACUCACGAUCCCCUUCCCGCUCCGAUGAAGGACCCUCUACCCCACCCACCUCACCCAGAUGUGUGCAUGGUGGAUCCAGAGGCUCUUCUCAAUGAUCACAGCAGUACAGAGAAAAUUCUCAAGAAGGAGCACAAGACCACCAAGGGCCUGAGAAAGGGGAAACCCAAGUCAGCCUCUCCUGCUCGAAAGGGGGAAGUCAGGAAGAGGUCUUCUACUCCAGUGAAACAGUCUAAGGACUCUGCCUCGCCGCGAUCAGCCUCCCUCAGGAGGAAGGACACAGACAGAAGCUCCAGGCUCAUCAAAAUGUCUGAAACCCAUGGUUCAAGGAGCGAGAUACUCAACCCUGGGAAAGGCUUGGUCAAUGGCAUCAAGAGCAGUUCAGGUAAUAACGCCCAGAAAUCCAGUUCGACUGUCCCCCCUGGACCACCUGUCUAUGUUGACCUGGCCUAUGUGCCCAACCACUGCAGUGCCAAGAAUGUGGACCAGGAAUUCUUCAAGAGAGUGCGGGCUGCAUACUACGUUGUGAGUGGGAAUGACCCAAGCAGUGGAGAGCCUAGCCGUGGAGUCCUGGAUGCCCUGCUGGAAGGCAAAGCUCAGUGGGGCUCCAAUUUGCAGGUUACUCUGAUCCCGACCCAUGACACAGAGGUGACCCGGGAAUGGUAUCAGCAGACGCACGAGAGGCAGCAGGACCUGAACAUCAUGGUUCUGGCCUCCAGCAGCACCGUAGUCAUGCAGGAUGAGUCCUUCCCCGCCUGCAAGAUCGAGUUCUGAGCUUCGAGGGCACCGCGCCGCUUUUCCCGCCGCCAACAACCCCUCCCUCCUCAUCAUGACGUUAGAGCGAGAGCGAACAGUACUCUGCUUCUUCAAAGCUUCUCAUUCUCUCAUGGUACCAGUCUCAGACCCAUUUGCUGCAGUCCUCAAUACACUAGAUUCUGUUAGUCAAAAUUCUGGGCAUAUGCUUUGUGAUAGUGGGGCUAUCUCGCAAAUAAUACCGUACUUUUUAUAUUUGUUUUCUUCUGUGAGUUAAAUGUCUGCCCUUACACAUUUCUUAUAGAAGCGCUAGCAGUUGUGGAACAAAUUUAAAUACUUUUCAAAAACAUAUUUACACCUGACAGAUAAACAUAGAUCAUUAUCCCACAAAGGAAUAAUAAUAAUGCCACAGUUAAAGAUCAAGAUUAGUCACGUGUAGCUCUUACAAAGGUGACUCAAAUUACAUUGCAAAGUUAGACCUCCAAGUGGUCAAAACAAGUGCCAAAACACUACUGAACUAGGAAUUCUCAUCAUCUCCAAAAUGGUGUCUAAACGAAUCCGUGAUCAAUUAUUUCUUAAGAUCAUACGCAAAGUGUUUUUAUAAGACUAGAAAAGCUUUCGUUUCUUAAUCCGAACCUUUCUUUUCCAUCGGCGUACACAGCAAAAUGCAUCCUUUGCAAUUCAGCUCAUGCUACAGUAGUGUUUUGAUUAACUCGAUAACGGCAUAAAUUGAUGUUAUGUAACAAAACAACAAAAAAGUUCCUUCUUGUGAUUUGUGGUGAAGUUUUAGGAGGUGCCUGGAAAACUCUUUCUUCUUCUGGCUCUCACAGCUUAGCUGGUGCAUAUUGCUUGUGUUUUAGCUCGGACUCUUCUGGAGAGAACUGCGUAGGGUUAAACCUUUCUUUAGCCGGCCUUUCAAGUGUGAAAUGCAGUAUAGUGUGGAUAGACUACUACACUGUUUGGCUGUCUGCGCUCAAGUGAUUUCAGUAGGCGCCAGGCAAAAGGGACGACGUUUCUACAGUAAUCACAUCUCUGCUGGGUGUUCUUCUUUAAGUCUUUAUCACAGUCUUUGUUGGUUCUGUGUACUCCAGUAUGCAUAUAAGAUUAAUGUUUCAUAUCAACACAGAGUUUCUGUUGAAUAAAUUAUAUAUUUUGUGAUGAUUUGAUCCUGAGGCGAACGCAGCGUUUUAAGUGAGAGGGUUUAAUUCUUGUCAUUUCCUCCUGUUUAGCUACAAUGUACCGUCUCCGUUAGUAUCACAAAGGGAUGGGAAAGAAAAAAACACAACAGCAAGCAGUGACCUGUGGCAAAUGUAGCAACGAAAGCUUGCCUGCUCGUCCCUUCAGUGGUAACGAUAUGCCAGCGGGAACUGCAGUAUUUCUAUUUAUUAAGGAGGGGGGUACUUUUCACAACAAAAACAUGUUACAGGAGGCUUCUUUCACGUGCCUUUAGAGAGCGGAGGAUGUUUUAUGGACAUGUCAGCCAUUUUGAAGCAGAGUCAGAAAAAAAAAGAAGAAAGAAACCAAGCAGAAAACUUUAAAACUGAGGACCAAUCUCUUCAUACACUAAAGUUGUAAAUUGCACUGCGAUAUAGUACUCUCCCACUGCUCAAACUUUGGAACCGUAUAAUUCAAGCCAAGCAUUAAAUCCUCAUAUCAAAAUACUACUUUCUAACCAAUAUGAAUGUCUGAGAGCAACGUGUUGCACCAAAUAGCAAUGCACUUUUCCGAGGCGGGGAUGGGGCGCUGUUUGAAGUCGAAGCACAGAGAGUUUGUGUAGUAGCAGAGAGGAAGUUUUCAAUAAUAUGAAUUAAACUAUGUACAGGACGUUCCUCCAGACUGAGCUUGCUAAUAGCGAGGGACGAGAUCAACGUGAAGCAAUUGCCUGAUGUUAGUCACAGUAAUAUAUAUAUACAUAUAUAUAUAUAUAGAGAGAGAGAGAAUGAGCAUGAAUGUGGGUUAUGGUCACAGAUAUACUGUAGGAAUGUUUUAGAAGUAGUUUUUUGUGUGCUUGAGUAUACAGUACGCUCUGAGUAGCUGUUUUUAAUUGCAGCAUGGUUUUGGUUUUGUAGGCGAGUUUUCUGUGAGUUCACUGUGAAAGGUCUUUCUGCUUGUUUACAGCCAGACUUGAGAGCAGCUCAUAUUCACAUUGGGCCAUGUUUCAUUUCCUAAUUUAUAUGCACAUUUUUUAAAAGAUAUUCACAAUUUAACCUUUAAAUUUGGUGCUGCAAAGCAAAUCCAAUUCCGGUUUACUUUUCAGAGGUUAAUUUGCUCUUUGUUUGAGAUAUAAAAUCAAGAAAUAUUUUAUGUUUUUUUGUUGUUUUGUUAUGUUUCUUUUGUUGGCUGAUUUAAAGCUAAAAAGGAGGGCCAGGAUGGAGGACGCAUGGCUGGUUUUGAUUCCCAAAAAGUCCUUUUUGUCAGGAUGUUGCUAUUAAAAGCUUUCACAGCUAAACUUUAGUCAGUCCUUUACCUCAAUUGGAUUCAAUACACGGAAGAAACUAAGGCUAGACCGCGUCAUCACCUCGGGCUAGCCUGGGACCAGUGCCAAUAUCUUGCUGCUCAUAAGACUCCUUACUUUAUACCUCAUCUUCCAAUGCCUCGCUGUUCUGCCCGCUCUACUUUAGUUUUAAAAUCAAAGAUGGCGAACUCACACGGCUGCCACUGAAUGUUGUUUUCCUUUUCUUUUCAUCAUAGCCCUCAUCCAUUAUGCACUGUACAAGCCUUGAUAUGCAUCCCAUGCUUGUGUUGUUUCAGAGGCAGACAUGGCUUCUGUGUGUUUUUCCUUUCUUUUAAAACAAAUCACACCUGCAGAGAAUCUCUGAGUUUGAUGCAGGUUGUAUAUCAAACAUCUGCGUACGCACAAGUACAUAUCCAGCCUAGCAUGAAGGUUUUAAAAUGACUCCCCUGAAGACAUGUUUAAAUGUCUGUGAACCGAUCAAGCAAGCAAAAAGUCCUUUUCACUUCUCCUUUCGAUGCUGUAUGAGCUGGGAUCAAAGCAGGAAGAAGCUUUUUAUUAAAUGUGCGAAUCAGAUUUUAUGGAUGGUCUGAUUUGUUGUACUGUCUUUGAAUAAUGUUUUUAAGUUGGCAGAUUCCAAAUACCCGGCCUUGAGAUUUUUUUCCUGAGGCAUUAAGUAGAACGCUGUGAAUCACUCAAUACUGAACUGUAUUGCUAUACAGAAGCUGAAUGCACUAUACAGGAGAUCUAUUUUUCUGAAUGUAGAGUUGGUACUACCAUAUGAAUGCUGCUGGAUCAAAAACAAUAGACAAAAACAAAGAAAAAAUGCAAAUACAAAAAAAACAUUCACACCAACUUAGACAGAAAUAAAUGUAACGGCGUGCAGAAGGCGAGCAGAUACUGCAGUCUCAGUUCUGUUCCAAAGAAAGAGGAAGGUUCAAGAAAGAAACUGAGAUCCCACAAGCAACAUAUUAACAGUAACACAGUAACAUAGUACUAACUGCAGCUGCAACUUUUUCCUUUUCCUGAAAAUGACUUGAAACACAUGCAAACUCAAAACACCAUUAAUAAAAUUGAUAAACUCAAUAAAAUGCUACACGCACACUUGUGUGCUGUACACAGAUUUGUACAUAUCACUCUGGAAAGAGCAAAUCUGAAAGAUACAACGAAGAAGCGAAUCUUGUUUAUUUUAGGCAGUUUUAUGUGACGGGAUGAUCAAAAACAGCUGAAGCUACACAAAACGCUGAUAAGAUAUGGAAAGAAAAAAAAGUGCAUCUUUCAGUUCGAUUUCAUCUCCUGCAUUAAAAUGAUCACAAUCAACGUAUGGUGUCAUCUGUCCAUCUAAUCUUUCUGCAUGUGAUUUAUUUAGUUAUAUCCUGAAUGUACUUGUUUAACAUUGAAAUAAUAAUAACAAUAAUAAUUAUAAUGAAAAAAAAUACAACGCUAUUUUAAAGAAGUAUAUUUGAAAAAAAAAAAAGCUAAUUGUCUUAACUGGUACUGACCUAAUAUAAAACUGGGCUGUGCUUUUAUUGCUUGCCCUAUUAACAUGUUGUAAAAAAAAGACACUGUACUGGUAGUUCUGUUUGAUUCUUUCUUUCU